UAGAACUUCUGGAAAAACAAGCGCAAGACACACAAUAUGCAUUAAUAGCUCCGAUUAAGCUUAAACAGCCACCCUAAACUGCGUAAGGUGGACAUUUUAAAAUUCUAAAAAUAGGCCUAGGCCUACUUCAGCAUGGACAGGAUUUUUGUGCUUCUUCUACUUUCACUUCAAACAGCUGCGCCAAGAGGCUCUCAUUCUUUUUGGGUGCUUGCAACUUACAUUAAAGGACAAAGCCCCUUUCCUCAGUUCAGUUACACAUUGAUGUUGGAUGAUGUCAGACUUCUGUAUUAUAAUGGUGAGACAAAGACCUUCAUUCGAAGAGGAAACACAACAAAUGAAGAUACAGUGUUGGAUCCUAACGUUCUCUUUAAAAUAACUGACUAUAUAGAAGCAUCUUUUAUAGAAAAUUCAGCAAUAGUAACUCAAAAUCUAAAUAAAACCAAUGUUAAAGGUGCUCUUGCUUUUCAAAAACUGGUUUUGUGUGAGCUGAAGGACAAUGGUGAACCGGGACAAAUGAUCACACGGCGUGCUUUUGAAGGCUCCACCACAGAUGAGCUGCGGUAUAUAGAGAACAGCUUUACAUUCCAGGGUUCAUUAAAUAUCACAGCUGAGGUGCUGAAAAUUCAUCUUGACAUCUCUAUGUGGCGUCAUGAAUAUUUUUAUUACCCAGCCUGCAUUAAGACUCUUAAGGCUUACCUUGAAAAAAGGAGAAUUCAAGUAAAUAGAAAAGUGAAACCCAAAGUCAGGCUUCUUCACAACAAAUUGUCUUUUGGGCCUCAAGUGAGUUGCCUGGCAACAGGAUUUUAUCCUCGUCACAUCAAUCUGACCCUGUUCAGAGACGGGCAGCCUGUAACUGAUGAUGUCACUGGAGGAGAUCUGCUGCCCAAUGAUGACGGGACGUACCAGAUGAGGAAGAUUCUGAAGAUCAGUGCAGAAGAACAGAGAGAGAAACACAAAUACACCUGCACUGCCACACAUCUCAUUCUGGACAACAAACUGGACAUCACUUUAGAAUUUGAUCAUGGGACACCAAUAAAGCCGGUGAUUUCCUUUGUGCUAACAGUUUUGGCAUUGCUCUUUGGGAUUGUGGCUGCAGUGACAAUAUGGAGAAAGCGAUAUGCAGCUUCUAAAAGUGAAUAUUCCUCUGCUUCUUCAUCUGAAGAAUGUGUGGACACAACAUUAUCACAACAGUCUUUAUGACAUAAAAUCCGCAGGAAUUAGAUGAAGAAACACCUUCAAACAAUAAAAUUAAUUAAACAAAUUCAGCAAACUAAUUUGCAGCAGUAUGACACAUGCUUUUUAGUUUACACUGUAAACUGGAAUGUUGUAAAUUUAUAUCUUCUUUUGUGGUCUGCAGAGGUAAGAAAGUCAAACAGGUUUGACAUUAAAAGAGGGUGAGUAAGUGAUGACAGAAUGUUCAUUUUUGGGUGAACUAUCACUUUAAGCACUCUCCAGGAAACCGCUCUUGCGCAAGAAUGCUUGGUGAAAGAAAAUGAAGUGAAAUCACCAUGUGAUUGGUGUUUUCUUUGGUUUACACAAGGGCUGCGUUCAGUUGUUUUGUUGUGAUUAACAGUUUUCUGUGAAACCACCAUCGCUGCGUCCGAAAUCGCAUACUGUGACAGUACGUACUGAAUUUAGUAGUACCUAACUAUCGGCCGUUAAAACAAUACGUUCUAUAUAGUAUGAGUGGGAGUAGUAUGAAUACAUUUCAGACAUACUGCGUCCGCCAUGUUUUAUGGUCAUGUGACCCGUAUGCUCUUUGACCUGUGACGUAUUAACAACAACCUACACGUGCGCGUUGAUAAAAACAUAAUAUAGGCUGCGCCCAAAUACCCCCACUUGCGGUCUUGGCCACUUGAGAGCGCGUGCACGCGACAGGAAGGAAGAGCGCAAGUGUGUCCAAUGUCUUAAAAAUGCCAAAGGGCAGUGCGCUUAACGCACACUAAACCCACACUAGCUUGAAUACUGCUUCAGAGCGGUAUUAAGGCUAAGCGUAUCCCAUCAUGCAUCAUGUUCUAGAUAUGAGUCAUGAGACUUUUUGCUCGGGUCUCGCGAGAUGUUGCGGAAAGCUUUCAAGUGUAUGUUAUACUACUACUUUUUAAGGUUAUAUCUUUAUUUAUUCUAUGUUUGGCUAACAUGUGUUUUUCUUUUGUUUUUGUUUUUUGGGCACAGCUGCUUUGAUGCAAUACAAAAUAAAGCGCUAUAAAAAUAAAUCUGACUAUAUAAUUAGAUAUAACAUAUAAUUUCGUAGUAAAACGUAGUGUUACAUAUUUUAUUGGUGAAAACUCCAGAGUUAUGUAUUUUGUAAAACAGCUUUUUAUCUCAUAAUUAGAAACACCACAUUAAUUAACGUUAUAUGCAUCCCAUCGGGUUAGAAAUACUAAAUGCUCACUUGGGAUCUUCACGCCCACUAGAACACUAGGGCCAAAAACAGGAAAUACGUCAUGAAAGUAGUCAAGUGCAAAGACCGUAAGUGGGGGUAUUUGGACGCAGCCUUUGUCACGAGAAAUUCAUUUAUUGGCACUUACAUUAAAAACGGACGUCCUUCUUAAAGUUUUCCAGUAUAUUUAUCUGAUUUACAUUCGAAAUUGGACCGUUGCUCAGCUCCCGUGGCAUCAUGGGAUAGAAAAGUGUCCAUCCAAUCCACACUCACGAACAGUCAGAACAGUUGACAGUCAGUAUAGUCCUACCUCUUUUUUUGUUGCUUACGUCAUGUGGUGAAGAGCUGUUGUUGAGAGGAGGAGAGGAGCUUACUGUUUUUGAUUAAAGAUUACAAGUGCAAAUGAAUUUCAAAAAUUAAUGUUGUGCACGGAUAAAUCAUUUAUAAUAAUCUCUGUGUAAAACACUUAGAAUUUUUAUUUCAUGGUGACUGACAGAUUUUACAAAUGGUUGAUUUUUUCAUUGUAGGUUUUCUUUAAAAUAAUCUAUUAAUCAAUAAAUACCAUGAAGGAUUAGUGCCUGUUAGUUGACCUUGCUAAUCAGAUCAGUUAGCAAAAUUAACAAUCUUGUUCAUCUUACACUUGUUUGUUAUUAAAGCUGUCUAAAAAACAAGCAGGUAAAGUAAAGCUAGUGUUAACAGUCUGGAAAAGGAAAAUGUUUUAGUGUUCUAUUUGUCUUUGUAUUUUGUUUUUGUAUUUUAUUGUUCUAUUUUACAGAUAUGAUUUGUAAGGGUUCAACAAGCCCCCCAUAUAGGCUCAAAUAAAAUAAUAAAAAGUCUGACAGUAAUACAGUUAAAAUGCGGAAAAUGUAAAAAAUACAGUGGUAAAACCUCAUUUCAGGCUAUUGAAAUGUAUCAAUAAUUCUCGAUAUUGAAUGACAUGAAACAUUAUACAGAUGAUAAAGUUUUUAGCUGUAUAGCCCAGUCCAACAUCACCCACUAUUGCACCAGUGCCCCAGCACACCACAGCCUUAAAUAGGGAACUGGCAACCACAGAAUGAUGUUGAGCAUUUUGUUGCACAGGUACUUCAGUCCAAGCAAUAAGUAGUCAACUUUGGCCUUCUGUAGAUUGUCUGUUCUUUUCCCACUUGAGUUUUUUGUUAUUUUUUUAUACAUGCCGUUUUAAUCCUGAAGUCAAGUACCGUUUCUUUUGUUUUGUAGGUGGUUAGUUUCAUGCCACUCCACAAAGCUGUGCCUCUUGAACAAAUAAUGGACAAAAAAUUGUACAGUUCUGAAAUAAUGCUGAUGCAUGCAUAUGGCUAGACAGACAAGUCACAAGUUCCCUAAAUAGUCUUAUGACUAAGAAGCUAGAAUAAUCAAACAAUAAAUAAAUCAAAAAUCAAAGUAACAGUGGGGUAGCUCAAUUGAACCAAUCAUAUUAAAGAAUGAUGUCUUGCCGUAUCAAUGUGUAUACCUAUAUAUUGUAUCCUUUUGAUUAAGGAUUCUUUGUGAUUGGGUUGAGAUCCUCCUGGCUGUGAUUAAAGCAUUUUA